CUUCGGCCUCUAGUAAGUCCUCCGGCUGGAAACUGGCGCCGGGGGUGGCGGCGUUCCGUGGGCGGAAAGGAAGGGGGAGGUGGGAAGGCUGUACGCCGCCCGCUCCUCCCCACCCCCCGCCUCGGCCCUGAAGGGGCUGGAUGGGCAAGUUGGGCGCGAUGGCUCGAGCCCGGGCGGCGGCGGCUGUGGCCGGAGGCGGCGGCGCCUCCUUCUGCUCGCCCCGGCGCCGGCGGUGAUCCGAACGAGCGGCCGCGGCCCCCGAUGAGACUGUUCGCGGGCUGGCUGUGCCUGAGCCUGGCGUCCGUGUGGCUGGCGCGGAGGAUGUGGACUCUCCGGCCCUUGCCCCGCCGCCUUGGCCCCUCGGAAACGUCCGGCCCGGGCCCCGCGGCGCCUUUUGGGGGAACCCAGCCUAGUCUGCAAUGGUACGUGUGCAACAGAGAGAAAUUAUGCGAAUCACUCCAGGCUGUCUUUGUUCAGAGCUAUCUUGAUCAAGGAACACAGAUCUUCUUAAACAACAGUAUUGAGAAAUCGGGCUGGCUAUUUAUCCAAUUAUAUCACUCUUUUGUGUCAUCGGUUUUUAGCCUGUUUAUGUCUAGAACAUCUAUCAAUGGGUUGCUAGGAAGAGGCUCAAUGUUUGUGUUUUCACCAGAUCAGUUUCAGAGACUGCUAAAAAUUAAUCCAGACUGGAAAACCCAUAGACUUCUUGAUUUAGGUGCUGGAGAUGGAGAAGUCACAAAAAUCAUGAGUCCUCAUUUUGAAGAAAUUUAUGCCACUGAGCUGUCUGAAACUAUGAUAUGGCAGCUUCAGAAGAAGAAGUACAGAGUGCUUGGUAUAAAUGAAUGGCAGAAUACAGGGUUCCAGUAUGAUGUCAUCAGCUGCUUAAAUUUGCUGGACCGCUGUGAUCAGCCCCUGACUUUGUUAAAAGAUAUCAGAAGCGUCUUGGAGCCGACUAGAGGCAGGGUGAUCCUUGCCCUGGUUUUACCCUUUCAUCCCUAUGUGGAAAACGUAGGUGGCAAGUGGGAGAAGCCAUCAGAAAUUUUAGAAAUCAAGGGACAGAACUGGGAAGAACAAGUGAACAGUCUGCCUGAAGUUUUCAGAAAAGCUGGUUUCGUUAUCGAAGCUUUCACCAGACUACCGUACCUGUGUGAGGGCGACAUGUACAACGACUACUACGUCCUGGAUGACGCGGUCUUUGUCCUCAAACCGGUGUAGGCACGUGGAGGCCCACGUCUUCAGAGCCCACCCCAAGAAUGUACCAGAAGAGGGUCCACGUCUGCGAUUAUGUCAAUGGAGGACCUCUGGGGACUGCCAUUCUAAAUAUCAUGUAGGAAUUUAAAAAGCCAAAAUACUAAUUAUUUCUUUGUAGUGUGUAAAAGGAAUGUUUUUAAAAAAACAAAAGCCCAACUCUGAGGAUUUUUAUCAACUCUUUACUCAGUAAUACAGGCCACACUCCAAUUAUGGAAGAUAUUUUUUAUACUUAAUUGCAGUAGGGACUCAUUCCCAGUCAAAGCAAUAGUCACGACUUCACAUGGAACCAAUAAAUAUGGGUUGUUUUAAUAAAAUGAAGACUGGCAAUAAAGCUGUCCAUUUGAUUGCAAAUAUUUGGUUUUAAGGUAUAGCCACUGAUACUCUUUCAUGUUUAGACAUUCUUUCUGUCAUUAUUCAAAAAAUGUUUUUAAUCAUGCUAAUAAACUUUUUUGGAGAUGACUUUGGCAUCCUGUUUGAGUUGAUGUAAGGCUCCCGUAGGAUCUUCUAUUGCUUUGGCUUCAGGGGUGCCCAGAUAGUAGCAUUGUGUGCAAGGUGCGGUUGACUUGCACUAAAGAAAGGUUUCUGACUUGGGGGCUGGGAGGAGUAUUGCAAACUGUGGUGAACCCUGAGGCAGGUUAGACUGACCCUCAAAGAACCUCAUUCAGGUCUCGUACUUCAGGGAUCACUCCCCACCCCCAUGGCUUAUUGCUUUGGCAAAUGCAAAACACAAGCUUCUGGCUCUGUGAUAACUUCCACUCUAUACUCAGAAUUAUUGUUUUUCUGGACCAUCUCAGGCUCUCAGAAUUGAAACAUUCACUUGUGUCCGAUGACAAAAUGCGAUAUACCAAAAAAUGUUUUAAUUCACCUUCUUACCCCACAUGUAUAUACCUCUUUCCCAGAACCUGGUUCUUCCUGAAAUCCCUCAGUGACUUUAUUUGCCAAGAAUAUGGAUUGAUAAAGAAAGACCAUGUCAGACUCAUACAUUCUAGAGUCUGUGAGUGCCUCCACCAUAUACCCACAAGUGUUCAAUAGAGGAACUCAUUAGCAAGAUCAAUAACCAUUGUGCAUAUUCCAAAGAGAGCAGAGCACUUAACCCAGAAUCUAAAAUCUCAAUAAUAACAGAGACGCAGAUUCGAUAUUGUGGUUAUUAACAAUAUGUUAUUCUCACGACUUUAUUCCUUUUUUUUUUUCCAGCCAGGUGUUUCAUUAAAUAUUCUCAUUUAUAUGCUCAUAGAAGCCAUCAAGUCAACACAUUCACUGCAACACCUGGGUAUAAAGGAGAAUUAAAGCCUUGAGAAGAAUUAACUUUAUUAUUCAUUAAGAUCAGCAUUCCCACAUCCUCACACCAAUAUCCUUCACUGUUAUCGUGUUGUCAGAGGAAGAGUUGGUUUAUGUGAUUUAUGCAAAAUUGUUAUUGGUGCAUUCUAGUGCUUUUCCCCCAGGAAUUCAAAUAAGUGAAGUGCAAAUACUUAGCACCCUAGGUUAUAAAAAUAGAGGAAUUGAGUGAACUUAAUGUAGUUAUUACAUAGUUGAGUUUUGUUUCUUUACAAAUUGUCAUAGCCUUGCUGUUUAGACUGUCAAGAUUGCAAGAGUGAUGGAUAUUCAAAGAGGCAGGUUGCCACAAAGUUUUAUCAUUUUGAAAUUAAGAAUUAAUUUGACGGUCCACUUGAAAAAACAAAAACCUCUCUUCUUUAUCCAAAAAAGAGGAGGGGCAAGCACAUUCAUUUAUGAACUGCACAGAUAUAAAUUGUUUCUCAAAAUCUGAGGUUCUCUGAAGACCAGCAUAUUAAAUGUUCUGUUUUAUGAUGAAAAUUUAAACAAGCAAAUCUGAUCACAUUUGGGAACCUGGUCUUGAAAGUCUUGCUGGCGUGUCACCACUCCACUAGGUGGCAGUAUUGCUUACUGAGUAUUCAUGGCUUUUUUUCCCCCUUAAAUGGAAUCUUGUUUUUCCCCCAAAGUACAAUAAAGCUGCCUUCUUUUCUGCA